AUGAUGAUAGAGAAGGAAGAGGACCCUGAAUUGUCCCUGUCCGGCCAUCUUGAGAACGUGUUCUAUGAAAAGACGAGGGAUCAGAAUGAAGAUGUCCCGCUAAUGCUGUAUGCCACGUUUGAGGAGUGGCUGACGAAUUACUGUGACCCGGAGGACGCCUCAGCGAUCGUUGGUGUCGCCGGACAAUUGGUCAGAGAUGACCACCAAGCUAAGAUCGGUAUACCUCGUUCGGAAUUUAUUCUGCUUAUGCUGACGAUGCUGUUGCGAAGGACGAGUCCGCAGAAUUGGGGCUUAGCGAUAGCUACUCGCCAAUUAGCGUAUUUCUACUAUCUGGAUCCACGACUGGGCUUUCUGACGUGGGAGGGGUGGGAGAAUCUCUGUGAGAGAUCCGCAGAAAGGGAGGCAGCCGCUCCUGCGAUGCCGGUAGCGUUAUGGCUGCCUUGUACCCAACAAUGUGGCACUACUUUACAACCGGCAAAACAGGAGAUCCGGAUGUUCUGGAACCAAAGAGGAGGGCGCAUCACCUACGAUGACUAUUAUGAAGCUUGUGAACAAAGAUUAGUUAGAGAGCCGUUGGAUAUGUUCCAUUGGUCAAUGUUGUACAGAACCUUUAGGUGGAAGCACAUAGAACUCUUCCAAAAGCCGACGUCCUUCUCUUGGCUGCCCAAAGCCGUCGUCGAGCGCUUCACUGGAACCAGCAAGACUCAAACACCGCUCUUUAACGUUCGGGCCCACACUAUGUUUCUGCGCCGGAACAGCACUGGGGAGGAAGCUGGUGCCGUCAACGAUACGACAUGCCGAAAUGACCAACGUGUUGACACCGAUGAUCACUGUGACCAUGACCAACAGGUCGGCAACCAAGUUAAUUCUUCGGAAAUUAAGAUCAAUGAUAAGGGCCAGGCGGAAGGUGGGGGGGAAUUACGUCCCUGCAAUGAAAACAAGCUGGGAGACGCGGGGCUUCUAAGCGCUCAACCCCCAAGCGAAGGAAGUUUGCCGAGCGAAGCGAAGAGUCCCCUCACGCUGAAGUGCUCUCCCGACCCCGGUGGAGUGAGGAGCGAGGGGCAAAAGCGCGCAGUGGACGACUUGUCUUCAGGGUCCGACGUUUAUAGUCGACCAUCCAGCACGCAGACCAUCACCGAGAACACUGAGCCGUCCGGGUCCCUGUCAGUUAGGGAGAGUGCCCGCCGGAUCGACGAGACGGCCGCAGCUGCCGAGCGGCAAGAAGCAGAAAGACGCCGGGUUGCGGAAAGAAGGAGAUCGCAGCCGCACAGCCAGAACCAGCAAGCGAGCAAGGAUCAGCAGUCUGGCAAGGAGGACCCACACCCCGACAAGGAGGACGAAGAACCCAACAAGGAGGAUCAGCUGCACGAGAAGGAGGACCAGCAGUUUAGCAAGGACCAGCAGUUUAGCAAGGACCAGCAGUUUAGCAAGGACCAACUGUUUAGCAAGGACCAACUGUUUAGCAAGGACCAGAAACAGGAAGGAGCAAAGGUUUCGCCGGAGGCGAUAACCGCGCUGCCUUCGUCCGCGGACACGUUGGAUGGACGUCUGGCGUCCGUUAAGGAAGGGUUUUCCUGCGAGGCGGAAGGCCUCGGAGAGCGUGCGUUGGAGCUCAGCUGUAUAGGCCCCGUUGAGCUGAGGCGGUUUUCCGGUGGUGACUGUGCGAAGUGGUUCGUGCGGUAUGUGGUCCCGUUCUUGAGAGGAGAGGACUUCUUGCUGGGGCUGAGCAAGCACGAAGUGUUGAGUGACUUGAUAAGCAUGGGUAAGUUGACGUAUGCGCACUCAAAGCAGGAGGACUCGGUGGAGGGGUUGAAUCUUCGCGCGGGUGAGAAGCUCUGUGUGGUGGGUCAGGUGUGCGGCGACUUGGGGCGAUUGCGGGAAAAUCUGUUGGAGGUGCUUCCGCAGUUAGGGACUAAGUCGCCGUGUGACUCGACGUUGGACUCGACGUUCGAUAACCUGCGCAUCAUCUUCGCUGGCAACAAUUUGGGCGCGGAGCGGAGGAGUCUGGGGGAGGGAUGGAGCCUGGGAGUUUUGUUGGUGGUGCUGGCGUUCAAGACGGGUUUCCCUUCGAAGGUGAAGGUGUUGCAGGGCCGUGCGGAGUUUGAGGACAGUGUGGUUUUGAAGGCGGAUUGUGUGCGAUUCUGGGGUUCUGUUGAGGGCAAGCAGGCGUGGGACCGCGUUUCGGAUGUGCUACAGACGUUGCCGCUGGGUUGUCAGGUUGGCUGCCAGUCAGGUUGCCAAGUGGGGGCGGGACUGGUCUACGGCGGCGUGGUGACCGAGGCGGUGGCGACGACCUGGCCACAGCUCUUGGAGACCAUGAGCGGCGUCCAGCACUUCGGGCUGCUCUGCUGCUGCGCCGGCCGCGAAGUCAGCUGCAUCACUGCCGACCGGCAACCCUUCUUCCCCCAGGUGGCCGCCGCCCACAAUGUCGCCACGGGCCGCGAAGUCAGCUGCACCCGACAGCCCCUCUUCCCGCAACUCAGCACCGGCGCCACGGCGUCGGAUGCCAGCGAGAACGACAGCCCCGAUAGCGUGAUCGCCAAGUUCUGCGCCCAAUGCGGGUAG